UUAAUUCUUUGUUUUGGGAGAGAGAGAGAAUGAAAUACAGCGGAAAACUUCACCAAUCCAUCCAAUUCCAACUCCCCUUCUUCUCUCGAUGGAGAGUAAACGGGCCGAGAGAACCCGAAAAACCGGAUCCGAUAAAUCGUGCUUGCCGUCGUGUUUCGGGUUCUCUGGGAGCUUCUCGGGUCGCGGCAAGAAAGAGAAGCGCCGGUUCUCUUGGUGGAGGUCUUGGAUUAAGAAGCCCGGGAUAAAGACGGUGCCUGUGGAUGUAGCGACCGUCCGGAAGGCGACACGUGGAAACGACGACGACUCAGAAAUCGAGGAGGGAUUUGUUAGCUGCGCCGGGAAGCGUCAAAUUGCAGGCGAUGAGGAGCGGAAUGCGGUUGCGGUGUCAGAUCAGGGCGUUGUUGGGAAAUCUGGAAAGCCCAAGUAUGGAUGUGGCCAGCUUUCAUCAGCAGCGGAAAUCCUGACCGCAGAAUCUCGAAACGCCAACGAGACCUCCGUUUCCACAAAGGAAGUGACGUGUCAAAGAACGGCCCAGACACCUCGGAAAACCAGAAGCGGAUCGGGUUCGCCUCAGAUCCCCUCCUCGCCUUUUCUCCCGCCCGGCCGUCGCAAACAAGCACAUCCGACUGGAAAUUUUCGGCUAGCCGGCCAGAAACACGACCGGAAGAGUGACAUACCCGUCGGAAAAUUCGAUCCGGUGGUCGGAUUGUCGGUCCUGAUGGUAAUCCUCGCGAUCAUGCUCGUGUGGGGCCGCACGUGCGCGAUCGUGUGCACCUCGGCCUGGUUUUAUUUCAUCCCCUGCCUGAGGACGACUGAAAAUUCCGGCGAGGCCGCCGGAGAACUUCCGGAAACCGUCAAGAUCGACGUGGAUUCCGAAGAGUAUAAGAAGAAAAUCAUCUUGGAAGGAUUGUUGGAGAGGAACCGACGAAAUCCGCCUGUGAUUUUGUAAACGGGCAGGUGGUACAUGUUAGCAUUUUACUUCCCGCAGUUGCUACCAUGCGCUGGGGACUGGUCAAACCAUGCCCACAUGGAAAAGAGUCGUCAAUGGGAUCCGAUCCAACGGUCUGGAUUCUCUUACUCGGGUUAGAUGUGAACCAUGUAGAGUGGUUGGUAAUUGACUCUUAUUAAUGUUAGUAAGUGGUUCGCUUAUGAUGAUACGGAGACAGGUGGCAGAAUCUGAUCCAACGGUUCAGAUUGUUUGGCCCAGUAAGAGAUCCUGCAGGCCCACGUUAGCCUUUAUCUUUUCCGUUACCAUUGUAUUUUCUAUUGUAAAUUAUACAUAAAAAGAAAAAGAAAAAGUCAAUUUGUGUAAA